AGACAACCCAAACCAAAUUUUUUAAAUUACCAAAGAUUUCCAUAUCCACCGUCGGCCGGUUCCAUCUAACGGCUCACAUCGCUUCUCAACACAAAGCGAGGGAACAAUCCUCAAUCGUCGAUUUUUCUUCAUUACCAAUAUUUGUCCAUAUUCUCACUCUCGCUAUAAAUUUCCCACAUCCAUUCUUCUUCUUCCGAACUCUCACUCUCUCACUCUUCACCUCAUCACCGCCAAGUUGAAAAAAAUGAGAGAAAUCCUUCAUGUUCAAGGAGGACAAUGCGGUAACCAGAUCGGAACAAAGUUCUGGGAAGUUGUAUGCGACGAGCACGGCAUAGAUCCAACGGGAAGAUACGUCGGAAACUCAGAUCUACAGCUCGAGCGCGUGAACGUUUACUACAAUGAAGCAUCAUGCGGAAGGUUUGUUCCACGCGCCGUUCUCAUGGACUUAGAGCCUGGUACAAUGGACAGUGUCCGUACUGGUCCUUAUGGUCAGAUCUUCCGUCCUGAUAACUUCGUUUUCGGCCAGUCUGGUGCCGGUAACAAUUGGGCGAAAGGACAUUACACUGAAGGCGCUGAACUCAUUGAUUCAGUUCUCGAUGUUGUUAGAAAAGAGGCUGAGAAUUGCGAUUGUCUUCAAGGGUUUCAGGUAUGUCAUUCGUUGGGUGGAGGAACGGGAUCUGGAAUGGGAACACUGUUGAUAUCGAAGAUAAGAGAGGAGUAUCCUGAUAGGAUGAUGCUGACAUUUUCAGUGUUUCCUUCACCGAAAGUUUCUGAUACAGUUGUUGAACCUUACAAUGCUACUCUCUCUGUUCAUCAAUUGGUUGAGAAUGCUGAUGAAUGCAUGGUUCUUGAUAAUGAGGCUUUAUAUGAUAUUUGCUUCAGGACUCUCAAAUUGACAACUCCUAGCUUUGGUGACUUGAACCACUUGAUCUCCGCAACCAUGAGUGGAGUGACUUGCUGCCUUCGCUUCCCGGGUCAACUCAACUCUGAUCUCCGGAAACUGGCUGUGAAUCUCAUCCCAUUCCCUCGCCUUCACUUCUUUAUGGUUGGUUUUGCGCCUCUCACCUCCCGUGGCUCUCAGAUGUACCGUGCAUUGACUGUUCCAGAACUCACCCAGCAAAUGUGGGAUUCCAAAAACAUGAUGUGUGCUGCUGAUCCCAGGCACGGCCGCUAUCUCACAGCAUCUGCCAUGUUCAGGGGUAAGAUGAGCACCAAAGAGGUGGACGAGCAAAUGAUCAAUGUCCAAAACAAGAACUCUUCCUACUUUGUUGAGUGGAUCCCCAACAAUGUUAAGUCAAGUGUCUGUGACAUAGCUCCUAGAGGUCUCUCAAUGGCUUCCACCUUCAUUGGCAACUCAACCUCCAUUCAGGAAAUGUUCAGGAGGGUGAGCGAGCAAUUCACUGCUAUGUUUAGAAGGAAGGCUUUCUUGCAUUGGUACACUGGUGAAGGCAUGGAUGAAAUGGAAUUCACUGAAGCAGAGAGCAACAUGAAUGAUCUCGUGUCUGAAUACCAGCAGUACCAGGAUGCCACUGCGGAGGAGGAAGGUGAAUAUGAUGACGAGGAAGAGGAACAGGAACACGCAUACGAAUAAAAUAAUUACUCAGUUGAUUGUUCCUGCUUAUUGCAUUAUGCUAUAUAUGAUGCGUAAGUGUGUUCAGUAGUACUCCUCUAUCCUUCGUGGGGACUGUAAUUAGAAUGUUGAGGAAUUCUGGUUAGGAGGCUGAUGUGGAGAGAAUGGAAAUGCCAAUUUGGGCAACGGAGGUUAAGGGUAGUGGGAAUUAGGGUUCAUGGUUUAAAUAAGUCAUGCGUCACCCAUCUGUUUGUUUCUGUAUGUUGGCUUGUAUUGUUGUUUCUUCUAUCUGGUACAUUGGAUCAUGUUUCCUUAAUGUUUCAUCAUACUUAAUACUUAUGCAUGAUUUUUUUUUUCUUUUUCA